CGCGCCGUCACGCUGAGGUACACUAGUCGAGCCCUUUCUCUAAAGACGGCAAGUAAUAAAAUAACAACAUUACCAACUGGUUAACAUACUCACCAUCACAAAGCGGAUAGACCAUGUCAUACCUUACUUACACGAUUUUACUUGCACUGUUUCAUCAACAAAUUGCGUCAAAAGCGGUUCCUGCCACCGCUGAAAAUAAUGGAACAAGUGUUUCAAACUCAUCCGUGUCUGACUACUUUAUGUAUUUCGCUUAUGGAAGUAAUCUGCUGAAGGAAAGACUGCAGCUGAAGAAUCCAUCCGCGGUUUUUGUUACAACUGGCAGUUUGAAGGAUCAUGUGAUUCAAUUUGGAUACUGGAAGAAAGAGUUCAACAACACCAACUCUUGGCAUGGUGGUGUUGCUACUAUAGAAGAGUCCAAGGGAGAUGUGGUCUGGGGAGUGGUCUGGAAGAUGGACAAGGACAACCUCAUCAGUUUAGACAAGCAGGAAGGAGUGGGAAUAGGAUUCUACAGUCCACUAGACGUUACCAUUAACACAGACGAGGGAGAGGUCCUCUGUCGCACCUACCAGAUGAACAACUUCACAGUUCACCAGACCUCGCCUCCGUACAAACAGGUUGUUUGUCUUGGAGCAAAACAAAACGGCUUACCUCUGGAUUACAUUAAGAAGCUGGAGGCAGUGGAAACCAAUGGCUAUAGCGGUCCGUCCAUUUUAGAUGACAUCACCGCGUUGAAACCUGCUGAUAAAGGAAAAAGCUUGUAGAUGGUACCAGAGGAAAGAAGAUGAAAGAGAAAUCACUUAAUGUAACAACCUUAGAGGGAAAUUGACAUAAGACUCAGUUGUCUAAGUUCAAAUGUCCCUGUUGUACUUUUGUUGCAACAAUCAGCUUAAGUAAAAAUGCAUUAGAGUAAAUUUAAAAAAACUAAGUGGCACACUGGUAUAUAUUCCCAAAUGUUCUGUGUAAAAUGUGAGCCAGUCAUUUUAGAUGUGAUACCAAAUAAAUUGAAAAAUGAAUGACAA